AUGGUCAAGGCGAACUUCUCGACUUGGGCAUCUGCCCUCUGCUUGUUAUCUCUCUCUGGAGGCGUUGCGGCCCUUCCUGCAGCAGCCAAGGGAGAGUGUAAGGCAGACCUCAAGGGCCUCCUGACGGAUCCAGCCCGCCACUGGGCUGCGAAUACAACCGUCUCAUUCCCUGGAGACACCACCUUUGCUAAUGCCACAGAGCGUUGGUCCAUCUUUAAUGCACCGACAUACAGUGCCGCCGUGAGCCCUGGAACAGAGGCGGAUGUUAGCAAAGUGAUCAACCUUGCUAGAACGAAUGGAAUUCCCUUCAUGGCUCGCAGCGGUGGCCAUGGAUAUGCGGCUAGUUUCGGCAAAUUACAGAACGGCUUAUCCCUUGACAUGAGCAAGUUCAACACUGUUAAUAUUGACUCAAAAGCCCGGACAUUGACUGUUGGCCCUGGUGCCCGCUAUCGUGAUAUUCUUGACCCCUUGUACAACGCUGGAUUCUACGUCCAAACUGGCAGCUGCUCAUGUCCUUCUGUCAUUGGUGUUGCCAUUGGCGGUGGUGUUGGACGUCUGAUGGGCGAGCUUGGCCUGACUGCUGACGCCUUGACAUCCGUCCGUCUGGUCGGAGCUGAUGGAAUUGCCAAGACGGUAUCGGCCACUUCCUACCCGGACUUGUGGUGGGCUAUCCGCGGUGCAGGUGCAAACUUCGGUGUCAUCACGUCUGCAACUUUCGAAGUCCAGACGCUGGCCAGCAACAACAACGGCAAUGUCUUCAUGGUCGACUUCUAUCUUCCCAAGGAGAGAAGCUUGGAGUACUUCCAGCUCAUUGAGAAGAACUACAGCCCCAUGCCUCCCAACUUGGCUGCUGUCAUAGUGCUCAACUGGAACAGCACUCUCAAUGUUGUAAUCGGUUCUGAUUGGAUCUUUUAUGGCACAGAGGCAGACGCCCGCAAGGCCCUGGCUCCAAUUCUUGCAUUCGGCGCCCAAUACAUCACUGCUAUUCUGCCGUGGAACAAGAUCAUUGCUUAUAGUGGAGCUGGCUAUGACCCGGAAAACUGCCUGCCCAACAAGCCGCGAAACAGCUUUUCUCUCAACCAAAAGGUCUAUAGCGCAGCUGGCUGGCAGAAAGGCUUUGAAACCAUCACAGACUUCUUUGAGAAGAAUCCUGGUGGUCGCGCUAGCCAGAUUAUGUUGGAGCUCUUUGGCAACAAGGCGACUGCUGCUGUUCCUGCAAGCGAGACCUGUUGGCCAUGGAGAGAUGUCUGGGGCUUUUUCCAAGCUCAGUUUGUCUACGACGCCGGAGACAGCGCAACGCAAAAUGCAGCAAACAACUACGGAGCUCAAAUUCGCUCGCAGUACGCCCCGUACACUGGCUACAGCAAGCCAACUAUUUUCGUCAACUAUGCUCGAGGUGACGAGCCCAUUGAGAACGUAUUUGGUGCAGACAAGCUGCCUCGGCUGGCUCAGCUGAAGCACAAGUACGAUCCGUCAAACCUCUUUGCUUAUGGUCAUCCUCUGCCCCAGCACUAUCCUUGA